AUGUCGUAUUAUAUUCUUCGACAGAACCCUUUGAGCCUUGCUAGAGAUGGAUGUCUUGAAGCAAUAGAGUUCCCUGCAGUGUUCAAAGCCCCAAUUCGACCAGAUAUUGUGAGAUUUGUUCACAAAAAUAUUUCCAAAAGUAACCGUCAACCUUAUGCUGUAUCAUCAAAAGCUGGCCAUCAAACCUCAGCAGAAUCUUGGGGUACCGGACGUGCUGUUGCCCGUAUUCCUCGCGUUUCUGGUGGAGGUACUCAUCGUGCUGGACAGGGUGCUUUUGGUAACAUGUGUCGUGGUGGUCGCAUGUUCGCACCUACAAAAAUUUGGCGUAAAUGGCAUGUCAAAACUAACCUUAAUCAAAAACGAUUCGCCACUGCAUCAGCUUUGGCUGCAUCAGCCAUUCCGGCUCUGGUUCUGGCACGAGGUCAUAGAAUUGAAGAAAUUCAAGAAAUACCACUUGUUAUUGGUAACGGUAUUGAAUCUUUAGCCAAAACCAAAACGGCUGUUCAUCUCUUAAAGACAGUUCAUGCUUAUAGGGAUGUAGUUAAAGUUUCUAAUUCUCGUAAAUUACGAGCUGGUAAAGGCAAACUACGUAAUAGACGCCAUCGACAACGUAGAGGUCCCUUGAUAGUUUAUAAUGAAGACCAUGGUGUUGUUAAAGCUUUUCGCAAUAUCCCUGGAGUUGAAUUGGUUAACGUUAGGAAUUUAAAUUUAUUACAGUUGGCGCCUGGUGGCCAUUUGGGUAGAUUUGUUAUUUGGUCCCAAGGUGCUUUUGCUUUGCUGGACGCCUUGUUUGGAACUUACAAAAAAGCUGCUGAUUUGAAAAAGGAUUACCGUUUACCACAGCACAUCGUUUCUAAUCCUGACAUCACCCGCCUUAUCAAUUCCAAUGAGAUCCAACAAGUCCUCCGACCUGCUGGAGAAAAGCAUCAAAAACGUCCCUAUACUCAAAAGAAAAAUCCUCUUCGUAACAAUGGUGUGAAGAUCCGUUUAAAUCCAUAUGCUAAAGUGUUACAAAGAGCAGAAAUCAUUGCUGCUGAAAAGCGCAAAGCGGGUAAAGUGAAAAAGAAACGAGUUCAACUCAAAGCUUCAACAAAGGUUUCACCAAAGUAG